GUGAAAUCUAAAUCGAUCGAUUCCUGCCGCUGCAACACAUCGGUUUAUACUGCCUCUGGAGUUGUAUUGAGAGAAGGAGGAUCGGGAUCUCCGAGAGGAAAGGGAUCUACGACCGGUAUUGAAAACGAUCAAAUAGAUAUGGCCAUCGUCCUCUAAAAAGAAGUCCGGGACGAGGCCUGCAAAGCAAUGGCCCCACAAAAUUCAAGAUUGGCUGGAUGAGCAGAAGUGCUUUCAUCAGGAUCGUCGAAGCGGAAGGCAAACUCCAAAAAAGCAACGUUUGGGAAAAGCUCCUAGAAGCUGAUGCAUGCGAGAUACACCUGCCUGGCGUCGUGCAAAUCUUCUUCCAAAGAUACCACUCACACUCUUACGGACUGUUCCAAUGAGCCAUCCUCAAAGUUUCCUUACUCCUUGUAGCAUGAUUCUCGGCUGUCAGAGCAUCUAUUCUAGUACACUUAUUUACAACAAAGAGGAUGGAUCAAAGUUGAACACUGUUGACGGCUUCUGAGGCCAGUGAAGAACAAGGAGAAAAGCAAAAGACAUGCCCUACCUCGCUUAUCUGAAGACGGAGCAAACCAACGACAUUCCUGAGGUUGCUACUACUAGGAAAAAGUAGCAGCAUAGCCUAAUUGAAUCUAGCAUUAGUAGCAGCAUUACCUUUUCUAGCACCUGAGACCACUGUCACUAAUCGAAGAAAAAACAGUCCAUAGUGGGAGCAGGACAAGUUCACGUGCAACAAGGUAGUUGCAUUGUGUCUAGGACUCCUCACUACUGCAGUGUAAAAGAACCAAGUAGAAGCACUUAUUAAGUACAACAAAAAGAUGGUCAAUAAUCGCAAAUUUCGCGCACUCGUCCUCGCGGGCUCAUUGGCCGAGGCCGAGCGAGUCCGUGCAAUCCAUAUCGAGGCUGAUGAACAAGAGGCAGGGCGGCCACAUAUGUUUCAACGCAAAAACAGUGGCCGUCGACCAUCCACCUAUCGAUCCAUCCAUCCAUCCGCCCAGCCGUCUGAUGGAAAGGACUCUGACCCGAAGAACGCCUUUCUAGAGGUGUUCCAUGACACGACUAGUCUCAUGGAGUUCGCAGAAAAAGCACUGCAGCCGAGGGUAUAUAAACGAACAACAUGGCAUUUCACUUUCCAGAUUGAUAAUCCAUAUGUUGCGUAUUUUCUUUUCCUCUUUGAAUUUCCAAAUGCAUCACGAAAAUAUUAAGGUUUUGCCUUUCUCUUAAGGAUCUACAUAGAACGCGUAGGCGCUCAGUGCUGUGAGCAUUAUCAUCAUGGUGCCGCAAUGAUCUCCAUCACCUUCACGACGUUGAUGGCCUUCAUGCUCGUGAUAGUAUUGGGAUGACCGUACUCAUCUUCCUACUUUUAACAUUCGCGGAAAAGGGGAACUAGAUCAGCCCGGAUCAUGAAGCGGCUACUUUCUUAUUUCUUUAUUUCAAAGGGCGGCAAAGCGCCAGUCAGUCAUCCUCUUUUCACGUUCCACAGGACACUGCUGAGGCUGUUUUAGAUCUUAUUAUGCCACCCAUCGAAGGGGAAGUCUUUAAAUUUUGGGAUGCCGUGACGCCAACCCUGAAAAAUUCCGUGGAUAGGUUAAAGGAGAAUGUACGUGCCGUUGUGGAACAGCGGGUGAGACGAAUGCGACAGUUUCUACUCUCUGCUUCUCCAAACUGCCUUGUUCCACUUGGGGCUCACGCGUUCCGCCAAAUCACGGAAGCAGCAGAAGAUCUGGUACUCCGUAUUCGCAAUGUGAUAACUAAAGUCGCCCGUAGAAAAUGUCCCGAUCAAGUGCGUUGCUAAUCUUCUUUUUGCAAUCUUAGCCGGUUCGCAAUGUUCACAGCUACCGACCUCAGCGAUCUCAGUUUCCAUCACCAGCUUGAUUGACUGUGAUAUGUUUUUGCGAGAUCUCCUCAAACUACAGGCGAAGGCGGCGAUGGGAGACCUGGAGCAAGAUUUUUGCGACUACGUGAUUAUCAUUUCUGCGCAAGCAACCGGAUUCGUUGAUGAUAGUCAAAAGCUUGGUCCGUGUGACAAUGCCGCUCUGCAGAAGUGUGGUCUCCCCAAUGAUGCAACACCAGUUGACCUCGAGACCCACAGCAACACCGUGGGGAUGACGAGACUCACGCUGUCAACGGGGAACAUCGAGAACCUUAUUCUGGAUGCAGUAAAGCGAUGGAAGCAUGAAAACAUGUACUCUUCAACUGUGUUGACGCUCUUGACAAUGGAAAGCACGUACACUACAACGAGUCGUUUAUCUACUUACUAGCAUGAUGAUGAUAGAUAUGAAUGUGUAGUUCUGUAUAUUAAUAUUGAAGCUCAUUCUGAUUCUCUACCUAAGUUUGUGAUUCAACUCACAGGGCGCUGACGCAGGAGCGUGCCAAUAAAAAUGUGCUGGCGCUGUUGAAGUUGUUCUCGCAGACUUUCAGUCGAGAAUGGGUACAGAUUAAGGCCAAGGACAUUCCACGGCCGCUUCGUGUCUUCGAGCCCCGAACUGAAGGCGAGGGCCGUCUCGACUUUGAAGAAUAUUUCACGUCUACCGCAGACAGAUUAGCAACAUCGAGUCUCACAGAGACCCUGGAAAAGCUGUUCUCGCCUGCACCUGAAAUGGAAGGAGAAUCAAAUUAACAUUUCAAUCGCAUCUCGAUGAAUGAUAUACGUGAUAGAUAGAUGUUUUGAGUUAAUCUAUAUCUUCAUAGAGAAGUCGUAAUUUCAUGUUCCAUUACGAUUUCUAAUGAAAAAAUUAUUAUACUUCGUCACCAUCAGGAUAGAACUAAGUCAUCUUUCAAAAAACAUUGAUGUCCUAAAGACGCAUAAAUGGCUCAACAUGAAAAUUAUAGGCUUGUCCGAAAUCGUGGUUGAAAAUAGAUCUACAAAUCUAAAUAUCUAGGAAUUCUGUUAGGGAUCAUUUUGUAAACUUAAUGAGACCAGGAAACUUGCUUACAACGAUUCGGUGAUGCGAUCAAGUCGCUCAACAAUAUCAUCCUUUCCCUCAAUACAUCUACGACCGACCACACCAGUGAUGUAUAGAUAGAUGUUUCGCUUAUCUCAUGAUAUAGAAAGAUAUGGACGGUGUUCCACACUAGCUACUGCAAUUUAGAAAAUUUUGAAAGAUAUCAUGUCAAUCUGACCCUUUCCGAAUCUUCCACGGACUCAUCCGUCCGAAACGGGUAGGAAGCAAGGCUGUCAGCUUCAUCGUGGAUGGAUGACUGUGAGUGAAUCUCUG